GAGCUUGGCAGCUUCGAUCUCUCGAUUUUAUUUUGUUUGUGUAGUUUUAAACAAAAAUGCUAUCAAAAGCAACAUGUGGUGAUAUUUUUAAACUGUUCUAAGCGUGUAUAAUGUAACCGAAUUUCUUCUUAAUUGGUGUAUUUAAUCAAAAACAUCAACAAAGCGUCAUAACCUCAAAAUGAGUUCCAUACAAGAAAGGCUUCAGCUCAAAAGGAUUCCUUUGGAUACCUGGAACGUUAGGGAGCAGCUAUGUCUAGCUUCCGCUGUGGUCAGGAGUGGGGACCAGAACUGGAUGUCUGUGUCCAGAGCGUUAAAAACUGUGGGAGAACCUAAUAGGCCUGCAGAUUGGUAUUCCCAAAAGAGCUGUGCGGCCCAAUACGGAGUAUUACUAGAACAUGUGGAGACACCAAAGCGGAAGAAACGCAGCUCUGAAGGUGCCGUGGAGACUCCCCAGGAGAGCAUCCUUAAGAAACUCACUCAGGAGCGCAUCGCUGAGAUACAGGAGGCCGUGGCAGAAAUGAACCGUCAGUAUGAACAGCUCAAGAACGAAAUAAACGAAGUCCGUAACCCAGCGACCUCAGAAGACCGAGUGCGCGAACUAUGGACCGCCAUUGAAACGUCUAAGCGGGCGCGCGAGAGAGAGACAGCCAAACGGGCCGCCUGGCUGAAAGAAAGAGAGGAACGACGGGCUAGGGCCGAGAGGACGUGGCGACCGCCUGCACAAACCAAUCAGAGCGCGCCGUCAACGCCGCCGCCGCCGUCGUCCCCGCUGUUGACAUCUUUGUUAAAAUCUUCCCCUGUAGUCACCACGCCGCAGCACAUACCUCACCCCGCCACCGUUGUUGAAACUAUAUCGCCAUCUGCCGGCGCUCCGACUCUAUCUAUGCUGCUGGAGAAGCCUGGCUCUACAAGUCCUCACGACAAUAAACACGCCGCUAUAGAGCAUAUCAAGAGCCAGCUGGUACAGAUAGAGCAACAACUCAAAGCAAGCACGACCGUGCCUUCCCCCGUGCCUCUCCCCGUGCCAGCAGUAGACAUAGACGACAUCGAAAUAAAGGCUGAAGAUGUGUACGCGUUUAGAGACAUCGACCUGCAUAUACCACCCGUUGCCACAAUGCAUAAGGGGCCAGUCAGAGCGGUCGAGAAGCCGCCAUUCAAGAAGGACGAAGAAGAAACUCCAAUGGUCACAGAAGAAAUCAAGAUUGAAAAUGAUCCCGCCCCGAUCGAGGUUCAACCAGUGGAGGAAGAAAAAGUACCCGAAGAAAUUCACGUGGAAGAAAUAACAGUGACCGAGGAGCCUGUACCGGAAGUGCAGCCGCAGGAAGAGCCCGCGCCGCAACCGGAAGAGGUCAAGAUUGCGUUCCCGGAAGUCAAGUUCCCUACGCCGGAAAUCAAGAUCAUACACCCGGAGGUCCAGAAGCCCAAGGAGGAAGUGAAAGAACCGGAAGCGCCGCCGCCGGAAGUGGAACCGGAAGUGGUGGUCGAAGACGUCCCGGAAGUCGUGGAAGAGGUCGCCACUGAGGUUGUUGAAGAAACUAUCGUUCCGCCCUCGCCCCCACCGCUCCCGGCGCCGGAGGAGGCGCCGCCCUUCCCCCCGCUGCCGCCCCCGCCCCCGCCAGAAGACCCGGAACCAGAAGCCGUGCCCGAGGUCACUGACCUCGACAGCAUACCCAUGCCUAGCGAUCCGCCGCCAGAAGACAGCAUUAUAGUUACAGAACUACCACCGGAACAACCCCCCCACCCCCCAUUACCGGAACUGCAGCCGGAGGAGAGCAUAGAGAACAUCGCCGAGGAGGUCAAGGCCGCGUCAGGCCUCGUGCAGGAGGUUAAGGAGGCCCAGGAGGAUCAGGAGAAAGAUGAAGAUGCUGAGGCCACCGAAGUGGCCAGUGCAACGUUACCUGUCCCGCAGGACUCCAUCCCGCUCAAAGACAUGAUCAAGGAGGAGGCCGAGGGGCCUAAGGAAGAUGGGGAACAACUGGAGCCCCACGCGGAUACUGAUGAUGAUACCCCGAUGGAGGUCAGAAUGCUGAGCCGAGAAGAAGAAAAGGACGGAAAGAAGAAACGGGAUUAUUCCCGCAAAAAGAAAUCUGACUCUAGAACAUGUUCCGGUUCAGAAAGUGCAGCAGAAGCUAGCGCGCCGGACUCCCCGCACGCUAACGAUGCUGAACGCCAGCACAGACUGUGGAAGCGCUCUGUCAUGCUCGUGUAUAGCAGAUUAUGCGCGCACAAGUACGCGUCACUUUUCCUUCGACCAAUCACGGACGAGGAGGCGCCUGGGUACAGCGUUGUAGUCAAGAGACCCAUGGACUUGACUACUAUCAAGAGGAACAUCGAAGCUGGGAACAUAAGAACUACAGCGGAGUUCCAGCGAGAUAUUCUCCUCAUGCUAUCCAACGCUCUCAUGUAUAACAGCAGCGAACAUAGCGUCUACCAGAUGGCCAAGGAACUACACGAAGAGGCGGUGUCCCAACUGGGCAUGCUGCUGGCUGCGCAGGCGCACGCCGGGCUAGCGGAGUGCGCGCCGCGCCGCAAGCGCCGCCGCGCCGACUCGCCGCAACAACACAAGCGGCCACACCACUAACUAUAUCAAUCACACACUCGUCUAUACUGCGAGCACACAUCGCCUCGUUAGUGUGGUGUCGCAACUGGGCAUGCUUCUGCGCAGGCGCACGCCGGGCUAGCGGAGUGCGCGCCGCGCCGCAAGCGCCGCCGCGCCGACUCCCCGCAACAACACAAGCGGCCACACCACUAACUAUAUCAAUCACACACUCGUCUACUCUGCGAGCACACGUCGCCUCGUUAGUGUGGUGUCGCAACUGAAAUUAUCCGCGGACGGACAGACAGACAUGGCGAAACUAUAAGGGUUCCUAGUUGACUACGGAACCCUAAAAACGUGUGGUCCUGCGUCGAUCAGUAAACUUCAACUCCUUAAAAUUGUAGCGGAGAAUAUUGUGUAGUUUACAAUGUAAUUAAGAAUAAAACUGCUUUUAAUA